UUUGGAAUGAAAUUUCUUAAAAAAAAAAAAAAAAAAAAACUGAAGAAUUUUCUUGUUUCGAAUAAUUUGAUUUUUGGGUUCAAUUUAAUUUUAUUUUUGGAUAUUUUUGAACAGCAGCUGAGAAAGCUGUAGAGAAAGAGGUCAGGAGACUUCCAGGUAGAGUGUUGGCCGGGAGGGGGUUGCCCCGGCGAUCGUCUUCCAAGUUCGAAGUCCUUCUUCUCCGAUAACGCCAUGGAUCGCGUCCACCUUCUUCUGCUCGGUCUACCUCUCUUUCUCUUCUGCACUGAUCUCGUUUCCAUCUUCACUCCACCGCCUCCCGGACCCCCGCACCACCACCACCACCACCACCACCAGCAGCACCAGCACCAACACCCCCCUCACCGCCACCACCACCACCACCAUCAAUCCGGUCAGUAUCAGCAGCCUCCACCGGUUGCUUCAGAAACCCUAGAGUUCCCCACACAGAAUCCGGACUUGGUUGAGGGAAUUGGUCUCGGCAACACGGUCGACAUUAAUUUCUGUGCUUCUUGCUCUUACAGAGGAACUGCAGUGACAAUGAAGAAGAUGCUGGAAACAUCUUUUCCUGGAAUUGAUGUUGUUCUUGCAAAUUACCCCCCACCGCUUCCAAAGCGUGUACUGGGAAAACUGGUACCAGUCGUUCAGAUAGGAGUCAUCGGUAUUGUUAUGGCAGGUGAACAGAUUUUCCCAAUGUUGGGGGUGAUGACACCACCGUGGUAUUACUCUCUGCGUGCGAAUAGAUUUGGGACCAUUACAACGACUUGGCUUCUGGGGAAUUUUUUUCAGUCUUUCCUGCAAAGCUCAGGAGCUUUUGAAGUUUAUUGCAAUGAUGAAAUGGUUUUUUCCAAGCUGAGGGAAGGGCGGUUCCCUGGCGAGAUUGAGUUGAAAGAUCUCAUAAGCAAGAAGUUGGCUACCUCAAGAAUCACUAAUGGCCUUGGAGAUUAGUGACCCUAGUUCACUGAAUGUUUAUUGCAAUCAAGGCAGAUCGAAGUGGUAAAAAAAGGGGUCCAAUCUUUGUCUUCUGGGCUUUGCACCAGAUAUGUGUAUCCCGAACAUCACCCCGAUGAAUGUUAUGAUUGUAAAUGUAAAUUUUGUGUGGUUUUUUUCCAAGACCCAGUUUUGAACUUUUACUAUAAACCCCAGCUCUAUUUACUCA